GAAUAAAUUGUUUGAAAAUUUAAUUAUUAACAAUAAAAAUUAAAUAAAAAUUUAAUUACUAACGUCAUCUAGCGACUUUCUAAUCGCUAAGUUUUAAUGCAUCGCUUCUCAGUUGAAUUUCUCUUAGCAAGUAUAGUCAUUUUAUAAAAAAAAAUAUACGUUAUACAUGAAAAAUAAAGCAAAUUUUUUUUUGUUUCAUUAUCAUUAUUUUAUGAAAUUUUAUUCUCUAUUUGCAGUGGCUAACGAUGAUAGCGUUAACAACAGUCGCUAUCUUUUUUUUCACUCUAAUCGAUGAAAGUACAGCUAUACUCGCGGAACCUCAAGCACCUAAUUUUCAAUAUUUCGAACGACCAAAAUAUCGCUAUCCUUACUAUGAUGAAAAUGGUAAAGGAAAACUGCUCUACGGCUAUGGUGGACCGGAAUUGUAUCAAUAUAAAACUUAUAGUGUUCUUGAAGGAAUUCAUUAAAUGAUCAUUUUGUUUAAAUUCUUAGAAAAUUGAAUAUAAAAUAUCUGUAUACAUAUAACGUAACAUAUAUGGACAUGGUGUGAUUAAUUCAUUAAUAUACUCAUGAAACAUUAAUUCAAAUAUAUCUAUAUAAUGUAAUACACGAGUAUCUUUUCGAUGGCACAAUUGAAUUAUGUUACUCGAAUAUAAAUUAGCUAUUAUGCUAUUUGAGGAAAUAGUACAUUCGUUGUUGGUGCAAUUUGCAUUAUAUUAUCUUGCUAUCGAAAGGAUACGUUCGCAAUCGUGAAAUUAAUAAGGAACAUUA